AUGCCGGACAAACGGUCCUGGCACUCUGGCCACGGUCAUGGGUCACGACGGCCCGACCGACGAGAGGACCAUGGUGGAGACAGCGAGUACACCUACGAGUACCUCGAAGAUGAAGAGUCCGAACAAGAGGACGAGCCGAGGCAGGUGCGACCAGCACCUCCGGCAGCUUCCGCCGCGCCGGAACGGAAGCAGUGUAUGGAUGGGUCACACCGGCCCCCUACGCCUCCGCGGGAGGCGCGUGCGGCGGAGGUUCCACGCACGGUGCCGCGGGAGCCGCCUCCUCCUCCACCAAAGGAGAGGAAGGAAAAGAAGGAGAAAAAGAAGAAGGCGGACUCCAAGAAGGAGCACAAGUCCGAGAAGGACAAAAAGGGCCGUCGCGGUGACCCCCACGACAGGCGUAGCAGGUCAACAGGCCGCCGCCCUGCUGAGGAGCGGUCCACAAGGCGUAGCCGGUCACCGAGCCGCCGCCAUGGCCACCGGGAGCCACGGUCGCCGCCGCGAUCCCCGGUAGAACUGCGACAGGCGCCGGGACACAAUCCUUACCCGGAAGACAUGCCGUCAAUGAACACCGGUUCCUCGGGAAGUGGCAAUGCUGGUGCGUCUGGUGCACUGCCAACACCAGUAAGCCCAACCCAUGUUCAGCUCUUGGCCCGGGUGACUGGGUGUGGGUGUCAUCCCCUGGGUACUGGGUGUUCGUGCCCCACGAAGUGCCCCACCAGAAGGGUCGCCACCAGUCCCCUGGAUGGGAAAGCGAAAAAGGGCGCCACAAAGGGAAGCGGCCCGAGUCCCCGAAGGGCUCGCCGAAAGGCCCUCCAAAAGGCCCGCCUAGAGGAAAAGGCAAAAAUCCCCCCAGGAAAAGAAUCCAAAGGGAAGGGGAAGAAGGGCAAAGGCAAGGGUCACAAGAGGCGCAAAAACCGGCCUGGCCAACACCAAAGACGAAGGCAAGCCGAAGCAGCAGCACAGACCAGAGCCGAGGGAGGCCCGCGUGGACGGCGCCGCCGAUCCGACCGCGGUGGUGGUGACGAUGGUCCGCCCCCUGCUGAAGCGGAAGGUGACGGCCGUGAUGCCAGAGACAUCCCCCGCCCGAGGGAACAUGGCCCUGACGGUGGGGAUGGUGAUGAGCCCAGUGACGAUGAGGACGACGACGAAGGCGAUCAUGAGGGAAGGGCUGAGAGCGAGACCCUGACCCAUGACCCCGUCGUCGAGCCAUCAGAGCCCGAGACUCUGGAUCCAGGAGCGGCAGGUCCACACCGUCCUCCGGCUCCGGGUCCAAGAUCACGCGCAAGCACGCCGUUGUUCCCUCCGAGACCCAUCGGGAGCCCGCCAGGAAGCUCCCUGGGAUCACGAACACGGCCGCGCCCAGCUCCGCCGAUCCUACCACCAGGAUCAGGCCGACGAUCCGCCAGAACUUCCGACAGCCGCGCACCCGCGUCGGUGACGCUGCCUAGCGGGUCUAAGUGGGAUCCACGCAUGGGUCCGGCCCCGGGCAUACGGUGGAAGUCAGGAGCUCCACCAGUGCCGCCGAAGUACACGGCAGACGCGAAGGAAGUGGGAUCGUUCGACCGAUACUCCCGAAGAGUUCGGCUCUGGGCAAAACGCGCAUCCGGCUGGAUGACGGACGGAGACGCAGCGCUCCUCCUCGUCGAAAGCCUGAGCGGCGCAGCCGAGCGCGAGCUCGAGUUCACGCCCCUCGUGGAAAUCGAGAACGGUGGUGUGGAGUUUGUCCUCCAGCAAUUGGAGGCAAGCUCAAAAACGAGCACCUGGUCUACCGCAAGUUGGCGAGACCAUGCGUGCCUAUAUCCACCGGUUCGACCAGUUGCACAAAAGCAACUGAGCCACAUCGACGUGGACGUGAAGGCCACCUACAGCGGCGAAGCCCUCGGACAUCGCCUUCUGGAAAGAGCUGGUCUGUCCACCGAGCAGGCAAGGAUGGUGCUGAUCGGAUCCGGACAAAGCUUUGCGUACCCGUCCAUCUGCGACAGCCUCCUCCUGCAGUACCCGGACACCCUUCCGGUGCCGGCCAUUGGCAGUGGGCCAGGCAAAGGGAAAGGGAAGGGUGACAAGAAGGGUGCAAAGCAGGUCCACGUGGCCUCUCACGAGGAAGGCGGAGAGGAGCCGCCAGAAGCCGAAGAUGAGGACAAAGAAGUAGCAGAAAUAACAGCAGCGAUCGACGUCCUGACGGUGACGGCACAGAAGCUGAAAAAUAUCACCCAAGGACGUCGGUGGACCGACGGAAAAGGAACGUCGAAGGAUGGUGACAAGGGAUCCACCUCGACCUCAAAAGGGAAGCCCUCCUUCUCCACGAAAGGGACGGGAAAGGGCAAAAGCAAAGGAGACACAGGCAAGAACACCUCGCGGGUCAACGUCUGCGAGACGGCCCAGGACGAGGGCGAUGCCGACGACGGAUGGGAAGAGGCAAAUGACGGAGACGAUCACUACGACAACGAAGAGCAAGAGGAUGACCAGUACGAGUCGUUCUUCGUCUUCAUGACCAGCCAUGAGGACACCUCGGUGGUGAACCCCUCUCCACAGGUGUCUCAGGUCCUGGCGGUGGCCCCCCAGUCCGCGGCAGGCCUGAUGGUCAUAGACACAGCAUGUCAAAAGACCUGUGUUGGCCGCGGGACAUACCUUGCCCACUGCGACAUCCUAAGGUCUUUCGGCCUGCGGUGUCAGUGGACGCCUGAAUCAGAGAAUUUCCGAUUCGGCGCCGGAGGUCCGCAACAGUCCUCCAUGCUGGUGGCAAUACCAGCUGGGGUGGAAGGAGAAGCGAUGGUCAUUCUGGCCUCUCUCCUGGACGCCAGCAUCCCCCUCCUGGCCUCACUGCGACUGCUGAGCCAGCUGGGUGCUGUGCUAGAUCUGCCCAAACAAAGUUGCCGCCUCCACAAGAUCGGAGUGACGGUACAACUGGCCAAGACACUUGGUGGCCACUUAGCCUUACGUGUCACCCAGUUCCCCAAGGAGGGAAUGCCACGGUCCGCAGACAUGUGGCAUCACAAACGACAGCCCGGUGUCGAAGUCGUGCUCGACCCUGCAAAAAGCGCCGCCUCCGCUGCUCAAGCUCAGAAGCCCCAAACAGCACCGCAUGUGUCGGGAAUGCCGCCCGGACACGUCGCGCCCUCGCCUCCGCAAUGGCUUGUCAAUUGUGGCAUGGCGCGAGGUGACGGUGGGUCUCCUGACGUUGCUCCCCCGUUUCCUACGACUGGCCACUCAGUGCCGUCGACUCGGAGUAGAGCCAGUGACCAGCAUUCUACGCCGUGGUCUGGCCCCCGAGCUGACGCCGGAGAACUGCACACACCCGAGCAACCUGAUGCUCCGGUACGGGAAUCGGCACGGCAGGUUCACGAGGUGCGCAAUGUGCGGCGCCCGGUGGCGCUGGGACGAAGCCAUGGGCUGCUGGCUCUCCUUGUCAGCAUCCUCGCGCUCGUCACUGCCACUUCCGAGCCGGGACAAUACCUUCCCAGCUGCUACGGCGAGCAAGGCAAAGGCCAAGAACAAGGCGAAGGCCAGGGCAAAGGCGACUUCCGCGAGUUUCCCGACCCGGGAUUUCUCGCCGCCGACCCGCACACGCCAAGCUCCACAAGAGUUCGAUCUCCAGAGCGUCAUGAGCCAAGAACUUCCGGACGACCAGAGCGAAGUAUUCGACUGGAACCAGCCCAGCGACUAGGGCUGAAGAAAGGUCAACGGAAGCAGCUCGCUGCACAGGCUCGACGGGCCCAUCAGGUCCUCAGCCUGGAGUACGCCAUUCUUGGAAGCGAGUUGGCGAAAGCAGCUGACGCCCGGCGGAGAGUAACACAUAGUGCCGACUUCCUACAAAUGACGCCAUGUGAAAGGGGUGAGAACCUCACGUCUGCAGGACUACGCUCCCCACAAGAGCAAUGGGACAUCGCGACACAUCGUGGUCGCAAGCAGUGGGUCGAGUCCUUAAUGUAUCACAAACCACUUGUGGUCGCGGUCAGACUGGCCGACUCCCCCUCACAUGGAACACCGGAAGUGAUCAACUCGGUCCUCCGAACUGUUGCGCAUCAACAGCGAUGCAGCCGAUACUGGGUCAUCAUUGCUCCCAGGACACACCCGGUGUGGAGACACCCAGGCAUAAGCCGUUUGGUGACGGAAGGACAACACUUCAUCACACGAGCCUCGGAGACCAUCGUGUCGAAUCACGAGUGGCUCACUCAGGCGUCACCAGAUAGUCCCACCGGACUGUCAGAACGGGUACGGAGGAUUGCCCGUGAAAUGGAUCCAAUCCGAUUCCAUACGGAAGCCCCAGAAAGCAGGCGUACUCCUGCCUGUGGGGAGAUGGACAGGGUCUCCACGCGGCCCGUCAAUCACGAAACAUACUACCUUGAUUACGUCCAAGACCCCAAGACAUGGCAAGAGGUCAUGAAAAUGGUGGACGACGUCUUCAGGGGAAGUUCCCAGCAGCAGAUCACUCUGAGCCCGGGACACGACAUCCGGAAACAGGUGGAACUGCUCAUCCCAUGGCGGGUGGAAAGGAUCCAAAUCGCCAAAACACCAAGGGCGCGGCGAAUGCCAACUGAUAUCCCAUAUACCCACAGAGCCAACAUCCUACUAUUAUACAACGACGAUGACCUGGCCUUCGAGUCAGAAGACGUCGGGAACGUAGCGUUCCCACGGCAGCGUUUCUCCAAAGGAGUUCGAUACGCUAUCUGUGUGUAUGGGUACGCGCCGCAAGACCCAGAUGAGGAACAGCCAGUGUACGAUGGUCCGCCUGACGGCCACUCACUGGACGACCCCGAGAUUCCUCCUGAGGAGGUCCGCGGGUCCGGUAUCACAAUGCCAAACUGUAAAGCCCCCCGCGACGUUAAACGCGCGGUAGCGAGGCUUCACGUCAACUUAGGGCAUCCGUCCUCGGCCGAUCUGAUCCGAAUGAUCUCCCAGCAAGGAACGGUGAAUCCCGAGACGAUAGCAGCAGCUAAGGCCCUGAACUGCACAUCCUGCCUACGGAUGAAGAAUAACGCGCCACCGAUCACAAUGGAUCAAGACGGUGCGUUCAUGGGAGAGUUCUGGACGUACGUGGUCGACCAGGCCACGGAAGCGGACUACGUCCCUCCCGAUGCCCACCAUCGGCUGGGUAAAGCGGAACGCUGCAAUGCCGUCUAUCGCGAGAUCUUGAAUCGAGUCGUGGAUGGUAUGGCAAUUGCCACCACCGACGACAUGGAACAAGCGAUCGACGCAACAACACAUGCUAUCAACAGCAUGCCCCGGACAAGAGGAAAAGGCCCCAAGAAGAAAGGCGGCUACGUCAUUGGUAGACUCGUGACCUUUGACGGUCGCUGCGCCUGGGUUCAGCUGGGGACACAAACGGUCAAGGUGGACCGAAACCAGCUGCGACCGGCGUAUGGGUUCGAAUCUUGGGCCCCCGACGCAGAAGACAUACAAGCGCUAAAAGACGCCGAGGGAAAUCUGCUGGACGAUAACGUCCAAAGCCUGGAAGGACCACCCCCUCCGGACGACGAACCAGUCGAACCCACAGUCGUCAUCCCUCCAACGCCGUCAAUGCUGGCACUGCCAGCCCCCUCUACGCCCGCUAUGCCAUCAACCCCGGCAGCGCCGGUCUUUGCCUCCGAGCACUCGGCUCCCGAACUUCCGUGCGAUCAAGAGGACGCCAUCGAGGACUCCCACACCUCGUGGCAGGUCUGCUACGUCGGUGACCAAAAGGCCUUGGUCAAUACCGAGAAGCUGACUCGGAAGGACGCGCGUCUUAAAGAGCAGAGCCUGCUAUCGGGGCAAAGCGCAGGGACAGGGAGAGCUGAGAGCCAAGUGCCGCGUGGUGGUGUUAGGCCACAGAGAGAUCCCGACCUGACCACCAUCUCACGCGAUGCGCCAACUCCCAGCAGACUGACCGAGCACCUUCUCCUGGUCAUCUACAUCAGCGGUAGGAACCGCGCGUUCCUUGGCGACAAAAGAGUGUGGCGAUUAUGGUGUGCAGACGCCACUACCGCAUUCCUGCAAGGGACACAGCAGGACGGAGAGAGACCCAACAGGCUCUUCAUGCAGAGUCCGCGGGAUCCCAUUCUGCUACAGGCAGGUGCCUUCCCAGCCACAAUGUACGAGAUACACGGAAACGUGUACGGGUUGGCAAACGCCCCCCGAUUGUGGAGUCUGGAAGUAGGCAAGCGCCUCCUGUCCGCGGGAUUCAGGCCACACGCCUUAGAUCGCAUGUGCUUCUUGCACUACGACAAAGAAGGUCGUCUCGACUGUAUCAGUUUGGUGUACGUCGAUGACUUCCUCGUCACCUAUGCGGACAAUUUUGAUCUGACCAUCACUAACGCACUGUUCAAAUGGGGCAGCACAUCAGACGACACGGAUGUGAUCACCUUUAAGGGAAAGCAGCUCCGAACAACCAAGCGGGAUGGUAAGUUCGUCCUCCUGGUUACCCAGACCGAAUACAUCCGGUCACUGGCGCCAGGGAAGGUCACACGACAGAGAGCACGGGGUGACGAACAACUAACUGAGGCAGAGCUGCAGGAAUUUCGCAGUUGCUGCGGGGCCCUACAAUGGGUCGUGGGACAAACACGUCCAGACGGGUGCGCCACUGUCAGCCUGGCGAACCACGGAAACGAAAGCACCCUCAGCGACCUAAAGACAUUGUACGGUCUCAUGGAACACUUCCAAAGGACAAGCCAGGACGGCUUGGUCUUUAAGGGCAUCCCAAUCACCAAGGAGACAGUCUUGGUGACGUACGGGGACUGCUCGUGGGCAAAUGCCCAGGACUACAAGUCCCAAGAAGGACUCCUGGUGUGUCUGACGACGCCCGGAGCACUCCAAGGCCCGACAGAUGCGGUCAUGAUCGACUGGAAGUCGACACGGACGCCGCGGGUCGUGAGAAGCACGAUGGCUGGUGAAGCUUACGCCGCCGACGAUGCUAUCGAUCGUGGAGUCUACGUCAACCAGUGCCUUUGUGAGUUGAUUUUCGGUGCAAACGCGUCACCACUAUCCAACCCACAAUACCUCAGGCACCUCCACGCCACGGACUGCAAGUCCCUGUUCGACGCAAUCAUCGCGUCCAACUUCCAGACAGAAGAGAAGAGAGUUGGACUCACGGUUCGGUCUAUCCAAGAGACCAUCGGACCAAACGACAUGCGAUGGGUUCCGACCGGCGCCAUGCAUGCGGACGGUCUUACCAAAAUAGCAGAUUGGCUACGAGCCCAGUUCCUGGACUGGAUCAGGAACCCAACGGUCCAACUCCGAUCAGAGGUGUAA